AUGGCGAUAAGAUCCCUCGCUGACUUGCGGGAGACGCAAGACGAGCCGCAUGAUGACAGCAGCGGCACUUCUUCAUUUGCAGGCGGAGAGAGAUCUGGCUUAGCAAUUCAAAACCCUUCAGCAGCAUUCCCCAGUGCAACCAGAGGCGCCGCACCUGCAGGGUCUCGCCGUGUAACAUUAUAUGCAAAUGGCUUUACAGUUGAUGACGGACCUUUCAGAGAAUUCGGCAGGAGAGAAAACGAUGUUUUUAUUGAAGAGCUCAAAGCAGGCGUAGCACCCAAAGAAUUACAGCAAGGCGGUCGUCAGGUACACGUUUUGUUAGACGAUCGCCACGAAGAGAAAUACACCCCGCCUCCUCCUCCUCAGUAUGUGCUGUUUGGGGGGGAAGGGCAGAGUCUGUCUGGGGAUCGGCCGUCUCCCAGCGGCGCAGCAGCAGCAGCUUCAUCUGCUGCAGCAGUUGAUAUAUCUCGUGCAGCAGAAGCAGCAGCAGCAACAGCAGCAGCAGCAGCAGGAGAUCCCUCUGUGCAGCAAACUCAAAUAUUAUUUCGCUUCCAUGAUGGCCAGCGCGUAGCUCAGCACUUCCCCGUCUCCACAACUGUGCAGCAACUUCUUGACUUCGUUCAAACGUAA